AUGGCCGAUAAGCCGACGUACCCGCAACCAAAUCACUUUGCAAACCCCUUGGAUCGAGUACUUGCACCCGCGCCCGUGUCCCGAGCACCAUUCCGAGCGCCUCUGCUUCCACACACCGUCCACGACAUGCCCUUCAACCCCGAGGCCUACUAUCCUUCCGAGCACCUGGCUAAACAGCAGCUAGAUGCUCGUUCUUCGUCCGUCUCGUCAACCUCAUCGGCGACCUCUUACUCGGCCUCUUACUCGGCGCCUCACAGUCUCUACGGGACCAAUUCCCGGUCUCUGUCUCCUCAUUCUACUGCCUCCGGAAACUCUGAUCCUGGCUCAGGUUCAGCAAUCUUCGCAUCGAGCCACUACCAGGGGCCCAUCCCUGAGCAGCCACAGGUGCAGCAACCCCAUUCAGCAUCGCUAGUAUCGGGCCCGCCACAGUUCCUCCAGACCCAGGCCCAGGUAUCCCCUUCGCUUCCCAUGUACUCGUCAGUUCCAACCCAAAGACAGCUCCAGCAAUCAACUCCAUAUGGCUACCAACUGGCUUCGUUACCGCAACAGCCAUCUGCCUUGCCUUUUCAGACCUACCAUCCAGUGUAUCCGCCGUCCUACUCUACGACCUCUUAUCAGUCUUCCCCAGCCCUGCCUUCGUACCAGGCCUCACAACUAGUGCAUCAUCAGUCUAUGGUGGUAGGAAGUCAGUUUCCUAGAGAGCCCGAAGAAGAAAAGGAGUCGUUGCUGCUGAAGACGCUUCAGAACCUGCCACCGGAUGUUGUACGCCAGAUUCAGAGAUACGUUGGUUGGUUCCACUGCUGGAAGGUUUCCCAGAUCAAUCGCUGGUUUAGAGACAACUUCCACCCGAGCACGCUCCCAGAGCUGGACAAGAUAGCUGGCGUUCUCUACACAGAGCAGUGCUACGGACGCUACGACGAGAUUUCCUCAUACGGAUCGAGUUCACGGAAAAGAAACAACAGCAACAAGGAGCCCGAGUGGUUCGGGUGCUAUCAUUGUUUCACCAUCAAGAGCCCCGAACACUUUGAGCGAUUCACGUGGAGCCACACAUCUGACGAGCCCUCGUCAGAACGGGCAUCGCCGUCACUAAGCCCUCCCCAACCUCCUUCAACAACACCUUCUACAACGUCCAACCCACACUACUGCCCCGGGCUGACAAGAAGCAGCAUCGCAGCCGCAACAAGUAGUGGCCACAGGGGCAGCAAUUCAGAUACAAACACCGCCACCACAAACUCCCUCGGUUCCUCGUCACUCGCGCCUUCACAUCAAACACGGGAGCGAGAGACAUGGGGUAUCCGCCGGUUCUGCAUUCAUUGCGGCGUCAAGAAGCGUUUCUACCGGCCUGGGGACGUCAUAGAGCUCCGCAAACCUGACAACGCGAGGGAAGCGGUCUGGGUCUGCCGCUGCUGGAAGCUCCAUCGGCGGCCUUUAGAGCUACACUGUCCUGAUUGCGGAUCACACGUGCCGCUUUCGACACCGGCUGGAAGGAGAAGAUGA